AUUAUCGUCGAAUAGGCACUGAACUCAAGCAGUUGGGUAUAGACACACAUCGGGCGAACAGGCAGAUAGAUUGAUUGACUGCACGCCGGCUGGUUGGCAAAGGCGAAGGUCGAUCAUUGCCUGACAUAAUUAUUGAUUUACGUUUAUUGCGUCUACUCACCGUAAAUUAGAUACUCAUUUCCAAUAUGCAAAUUCGCGACAUGUGGCGGAUAUACUCGCACGUCGUUCUUCUUCUCGUCGUCGUGUCCUCGACGUAUUGUUCAGCCGUCAACGAGACCAAGUUUGUAAAUACAGACAAGUCGAAAUUCAAGAUACUGAGUGUUUUCGGACAUCUCGGGAAGAGUCACUUCGACGUGUUCAAGCCGCUUCUGGAGGAAUUGGCUCGCCAUGGUCACGAAAUCACCGUGAUCUCGUACUUUCCGCGAACUGACAGCGCCAAGGCGAAGGAACCGCUGCCUAAUUACAAGGACAUCAGUUUGGUGGAUCCUAAGGUGGGUGUCUACGUCAACGUUGUGGAUCUUCAUCAAGUCAGUCAUUCGCGCUUUUUCCUAGCGACCCAGCUUCUUUUGUUGAGGUCCAUGGCUGAUUUCGCGUGCCAGACUGGUCUGCGACACCCACUGAUCACGGAGUUCCUUCGACGCGACGAGAAAUUCGACGUGAUCCUCACGGAGAACUUCAACACCGACUGCUUCCUGGGCUUCAUUCAUCAUUUCAAAGCGCCCUACCUGGCCCUCUCGUCACACCAGAUCAUGCCUUGGACCAACGAGGACAUGGGCAACGAGGACAAUCCCAGUUACAUCCCGAAUAUAUUUUUCGGCCUCACCAGGCCCAUGGAUCUCAUCGACAGAAUGAAAAACGCCGUGACAUUGCUGUUGUUUAACGCAGCUUACGAUUAUUGGUUCCGGCCCGCCGAUCAAGCCAUCGCCAACGAAGUGUUCGGUCCGGAUCUUCCUGAGCUUAGUGAAAUCGCUCGGCAGUCGAGAGCGUUGCUGGUGAACACCCACAACAGCUUUCAUGGCAGCAGACCCCAACUGCCGAACGUGAUCGAAGUCGGUGGCCUUCACAUUCCGCCCAAGGUCAAUCCGGUACCAAAGGACAUCGCCAAAUUCCUCGAUAGCGCGAAUGACGAAGGAGUGCUCUACUUCAGCCUCGGCUCCAUGAUUAAAUCGACGACCAUGCCGAAGGAGAAGCUGGACGCGAUUCUGAACGUGAUCGAGUCCAUUCCUCGAAAGGUGAUUUGGAAGUGGGAGAGCGACGAGUCGCCGCGAAAAAUGGACAACGUUAUGACCAGGAAGUGGCUGCCUCAAUUUGACGUCAUGAAUCAUCCAAAUAUCAAGUGUUAUUUGGGUCACGGAGGACUUCUCGGACUCUCGGAGUCUGUCUACAUAGGACUCCCGUCGAUUUUGAUACCGAUGUUUGGCGAUCAGUUUCAUAAUUCGGCUGCAGUGAAGACCAGAGGUGCCGCGAUAGUACUAGAUUUCAAUAAUUUCAACGAACAAUACUUUAGACAAGCUGUGGACGCCUGUUUCAACGAUACCAGUUAUCGUGAGAACGCCCAGAGGCUUUCGAAAGCUUACCGUGAUCGACCUGCCACGCCGUUGGAGACGGCGGUAUGGUGGACGGAAUACAUCGCCCGAGGCAAUGGCAUUCCUUACUUACGCAGCGAAGGCGCGGAUCUACCCUGGUACCAGCUGCAUCUCAUCGACGUGGCGCUCGUUUUGAUUAUCGGGUUCGCGGCGUUCAUCUACAUCUUCUUCCGGCUGAUCAAGCUGCUGCUGUCGCUGCUCAAAGGAACAGCCGGAAGCCAGGCUGGGAAGACGAGCAAGCGGAAGAAGGACUGAUGACAGACGCGUCGAAAAAUCCGCGAUUUCCAAGUGAGGAGACGAACAGGAUUUUUUUUAGUAAGAAAUACUGUUGACUAAUUCGUACAAAUUACGAAUAAAUUUAGAGAGGAUGUAAUGAACGGAUAGAAAUAAAUAUCGCCAUCGCGGAAGAUUCAUCUGUCAGAGAAUGAUAUUGGAGGAGUAAAAGAGUGUUGAAGUCGUUUUUUUAUAUUAUUAACUCUUUUGCUUUAAAUAAUUCUAGGCGAAAUUAGAGGAAAAAUGUGUGAUAAAUCCACGUCGAUUGGUUUUAGCUUAAUUAUUCGAUCGGCAAUUUCUCUUAUCCGACCUUAAAACCUGGCGUGGAACAAAGUCAUUUAAUUUCUGGAUAGUUCUGCAGUAUUUUAUGGUAUCCAAGUAUAACCGUUAACUGAAACUCUGUCCGAGCAGAUGGUGUAAAACUUAUAGUUUGCGAGUUUUUCUUUUUUUUUUAUUAUUUUCUCCUGUUUUACGACAGCGAAACUAUCCUUCAUUUUCUCCCAACUUGCGUGGCAUUAAGCAUUUGUUCUUUCAUUGUGAUUGCAAUCGGAGUUAAAGUUUAUUACUUUCAUUGUUAUGUGCAGUGUGUCUAGUAUAAGCUCAUUCCUUACACAUACAUUUCAAAUAAAAUUAUAAAUUUUAGAUAGUUUAUUAAUUUUGAAAGAUUAUUCAAACAUUAGCUUAUGUGUCUAAUUUAAUAAACCUUUUAUAAUAAAAUACUGUGUCUUUAA